UGACGAAUUGGGGACGGGAAUCACAGCAACGCAGAUGUGGACCCCACGACCGAGUCGUCGCAUCGUCUCCCCCGCUCCCGCCACUCUCCUGCUCCGCCUCCUCCUCCUUGCCGGCGCCGCCAACGCCGCGCCGCCGCUCGUAGGCGUUUCUCCCCAAGAUGAGGCGUACUUCGCGACGCAGGUGAUCGCCUGCAGAGACGGCUCGGGCUCCUUUCCGAGGAGCCGGCUCAACGACGGUUACUGCGACUGCGCCGAUGGAACCGAUGAGCCAGGUACUUCAGCUUGUCCAGAAGGCAAGUUUUACUGCAGAAAUAUCGGAGAUACCCCUCGACUGUUGUUCUCUUCGUUUGUGAAUGAUAAAAUAUGUGAUUGUUGUGAUGGAAGUGAUGAGUACGAAAGUGGCAUCCAUUGUCAGAACACGUGUAGAAAUAUAAAGUAUAUUGCUGAGGCUGCUGAUGGUGGCAGCGACCUCUCAGUAACACAUUUAGAUGCUAAUACUAACGAGUUUAUGGGUAAACAUGCAAUUGCUAUGGAAGACCACAUCCAGAACAACAACAGCAAAGACCUUGUCCAGAAGAUAAGAGGAUUAAGAAUGGCCCUAGUUUUUGAGCUGGGCCUUCUUGUAUGCAUUUUUGCUUUCUGCAUUGCUCGGCGCCGCACUAGAACACGCAGGAGACAGCAUAUUUUGAAACGUUAGCUGAGCAGUACUAAUAUACAAAGACGAUAGAUCGGUGCUCAUUAGCAAAUAUUAUAGCUUCCGGGGAUGAUGGAGAAUCAGAGAUGGGAUGGAGGGACCUGCACGUUAUCCUCUUUAAAUCGCGAGGUCCAUCUGCUGUUCUGAACUUUGUUGGCUAGGAAAACUAACUAUGUACUUCCCCCUGGUCCCAGAAACUUGUCAUUUAGGUCCCAGAAACUAUGUGUCGAUCUGCAUUCGAAAUACUUGCAAAAUCUCUUAUAUCUGUAGGAUUUUAAGAAUAUAUUUUUAGAAAAAAUAGUGGUAAAAAAUACCAUUGAGGAUCAUGCAAAAUAAAAUGUGUUAAGUUAUGACCAGAGGGAGUGUAGAUAUUUAACAUAAACAACUUGGUCUGAAUUCCGAACUAUGAAAUUCUCUGUACUCGUCCUCAGCGGUGUACUUAAUUGUUGUAAGUGAUUUGUGGCCCCGUCCCACUUUCCCUGUAACUAUGAGUUGCUCCUCGUUCAGGACGAUUGCGCCCCAUGCCUGAACCCUGUAACUUGCUGUGUUUGUAAUGUUUCAGAAUCCAGACAUGUACAAUGAUUGCGUGAA